AUGUCCACCGUGGUGUCACCCUCGAAGGAGGGUAGCUCGAGCGACCAUGAGGAUCUGGCUUUAACGAGGCCCGCGUUACACCCACCAGGCAAAGUGGUUCGUCGUCGCAAGUUGUUCAUAAUCACCGGGAUAGCUGGCGCCGUUGUGGUCGUGCUCGCUUUGGCUCUUGGUUUGGGGCUCGGAUUGGGAUUGAAGAAAACGUCGAACUUGAGCUAUGUCACGACGAAUUCUUCAUUUCUCCUGGAUCAGAAUUUUGUUGUUACGAACACAACGACAACCAGAUACUACGAAUUCAUCAUAUCUGAAGCAGUCGGUUCACCUGAUGGUGUCGAGAGAACUAUGUUAGUGGUGAACAACCAAUUCCCUGGCCCUCUUAUUGAGGUGAACAGCGGCGAUGAGCUUGUGGUUAAUGUUUUCAAUCAAUUACCCAAUGGCACCACUAUUCACUGGCAUGGUCAACUUCAAAACGGGACCAACUACAUGGAUGGUACCAACGGUAUCACUCAGUGCCCUAUUCCUCCGGGAAUGAAUUUUACCUAUCGUUUCACCAUUAAUCCGAACCAGUACGGAACGUUCUGGUAUCAUGCCCAUGCAUCUACACAGUACACAGAUGGCAUUUACGGUCCACUUAUAAUUCACUCUCUCAGCGAGCCUAUUUAUGGCCAAUAUGACCGCGAGGCGCUUGUCAUACUUUCGGGGUUCGUAUCGGUAUUUUUUUUUGUCUGUGUUCUCAGGGCGACUCUCUUUCUAGAUUGGUAUGAUGUGAUGUCUUCCGGAUUACUCACUCAGUACUUGAGCUCUGCUGGAAUCGAUGGCUCCAACUAUGGUGGAGUUAACCCUGGAGCAGAACCUCCCCCGGAUAGCGGUCUCAUCAACGGCAAGAUGAACGGUUCCUCAUUCGAUCUUCAACCAAAUUUGCGCUAUCGGCUUCGUCUCAUUAAUAUGGGCUCACUGACGGAGUUCAUGUUCAGCGUAGACUCGCACGUGCUGAGCGUUGUUGAAGCAGACGGGACAUCUCUUGUACCUGUGGAUGUGCACCGUGUCCCUAUACACGUCGCACAGCGCUACUCUGUUAUCUUGACGACAAAUCAGACAGCAGGAUCGUACAACGUACGCGCCGAGAUGCAGGCCACUUGCUACAAACUCAGUAAUCCAAACCUCAACACGAUGGUGCUGGCUACGAUGACAUACGGUGCCUCGCCAACGACACCAAACACCCAGGAUUGGUCGGACGCAUUCCCCUCCCUUUGUCUCGACCUCAACAGCACAAUGAUUGUACCCCAAAUUGCCAUGAACCCACCCAAUAGCACGGACACCGUUCAAAUCUUCAUGUCUUUUCAGCAAACAACUCAAUCUGGCGGAACGCAAACGCUGGCAUUCAUGAACAGCACGAGUUGGCAAGCAGAGAGCACGAAUCCUACCUUGCUGCAGAUGUCAAAGCUCGGGAUCCAGACUACCUUCGACUCAAGCCAACUUGUCAUUACCAAUGAUAAUAUCACUGUCGUUGACUUAAUCUUGAAUAACUACGAUGAUGCUAGCCACCCAUUCCAUCUUCAUGGGCAUGUAUUCUGGAUUCUUGGUGAAGGUGAUGGCGAUUACCAGUCUGGGGUGUCGCAAUUCAAUACGACCAACCCGCCGAGACGCGACACAUUGACUCUUCCCGGCUAUGGCUGGAUCGCCAUCCGCUUCAUUACCGACAACCCAGGGCUCUGGGCAUUCCAUUGUCAUAUUGGCUGGCACAUGGCUGCAGGGCUGUUGAUGCAAUUUGCGAGUCUACCGAGCCAAAUCCAGCAGUUUGAAAUGCCAUCUUAUUUGAGUGACCAAUGCACACAGCAGAGUGGGGGUUUGGUGGCAAACUAG